AUGAAUGGUGGCGAGAAAGUAGCCGAAGAGGCGUUGCGUCUCCAAAGAGGGACGGCGGGUAUAGUUCGAGAUGAGGAAUGUGAGCUCAACGGGGAUGCGGGAGAGGAGAGGAGAGAAGAGAAAGCAACGGUUGUGGCACGAGAUCAAAAGAGGUAUAAGAUUGACAGUCGUCGGGUGUGGAAAGUGGAGGCAGGAAGGGAAUAG